AUGCUCCCUGACACCCUCCUUCCCGGCGUCUCCGAAACAAGGCAGGAUGACCAAGGCCCCUUUUUCUGUGGAGUGGCUGUCCCAGAGCAGCCAGGACCUCAAAAGCCCCACCGACGGCUCUCCGCACCGAGCGUCGUCUGCAGGCCACCAGUCCGAGCAGCCGAGCGGCCCUGGGCAGACUCGCAGCCCCCGCCGGAGGGUGGUCCCGGGGGCUCGGGCCCUGAGGAGGCCGGAGGCAGGGGCGGGCGGCGGCUCCGCACGGCCUUCAGCGCCGAGCAGCUCAGCACCCUGGAGAGCUCCUUCCAGCGGCAGCAGUACCUGGGGGCCGCCGAGCGCCGCAAGCUGGCGGGCAGGAUGCGGCUCUCCGAGGUGCAGAUCAAGACCUGGUUUCAGAACCGCCGGAUGAAGCUCAAGCGGCAGCUGCAGGAGCUGAGGUCGGAGCCUUUCUGCAGCCCCCCUCUCCCUUAUGGACCUCAGAGCGGCGUUGUGCCCCUGUCGCUCACAUACGUGGCCCGGCCACCACCUCUGCCCCAGCAAGGCGCUGCCUCUGGGGGCUUCACCUUGGCGGCGCUGCCAGCACCCACCCUAGACAUCAGGAGCGCUUGCAGAGCACAUCCUGUGGGCUUUUGGGCAGCACCCUACUUUGUAGGGUACAGUGAUCCCAGGGCCUUCUUGCUGGGUGUCUGA